AUGUCUAAGUUUUUACCUUUUUAUAGCUUUCAUAGCAAAAUUCACUUGGUUACCUACUUUUUUUCCUCAGAAUAUCAUGAUGUUAUGGAUUGUCUGCAGAAAAUGAAGGACUACUUGACAAAUACAGUUUCACACCUUCAAGAGGCCAAAAAUAAAUUUCGUGGAGCUAUCUGCCAACAAGAUGAUGUUUCUCAGAUCCAGGCUGCUCAAUAUGCUUUUGUAGAAACUAGAGUAUGUAAUUUUGAAAGAGAAGCAAAGCAAUCUGCGCAGGCAUCCUCUAGUUCCAGCCAGAGAUAUCAGAGAACUCCUUCCUCAAGCAAGAUAGAAAGUCAGAACAUUAAUCAAGUUCAUCCACAUGAAAUUAAAACUGUGAAAAAAGAAACUGUUGCAUCAUUAGCUGAAAAUAUAUCUGUCAGAGAACAGGAAGUUAGCAGAGAACCUCCAACAAGAAAAGAAGAUGGUGAAUACAGAGUGCUAACGUCUAUUUCAGAGAAAAUAGAUAAUAAUGGAAGAGAUAAACCUCACAGAGAUGGCUCUUCUCCUGAAAAAUAUCCACAACUGACUUGUCAAGAUGAUCUUAUGGACAGUGGAGAAAGUAUUUCAUCUCGGUCAUCAAUGGAUACUCAUGACAGAACUGUCAGAAAUCUUUCUGAACAGGAGAAAGAACUGACAUUGACAGAGCAAAUGAAAGACAAUAAAAAGGAAAGAAAUUAUGAUUUGUAUAGGAAUGAUCUACUUACUGUCACAUCUUCAGCACAAACCAGUGAUCUUAAUGCUGCAAUUCCUUCAAUGAGUGAUUCAGAAGAUGUGCAAAAAUAUAGGCACUGGUUAAACAAGGAAUUUGUAAUGGAACAGAGUGGUAGGAGUGAACAUAAAAUAGUUUGCUUUAUUAAAGCUCCUGCAACUGCCCUGGAGAAUCUGACUUGUACGAUAGUCAAUGACACAAGUUCCAUGGUGGUGGAUGAUUUUGAGGAGCUGGUCAGCAAUGUCAUCAGUGUUGAAUGCUCUGAUUAUGAGAAAACUAUCCCUUUUCCUAUUAACAUUGCAAUCCCAUUUACUUCACGCUUCAGAGGAAAUUACCGGGAGAUUAUGGUGAAGGUGACAGACAUGAACUUUCAAUCAAAUUACUUAACUCCCAUUUCUCUGGAAGGAUACCACGGAAACCACAAGGAAACAUUUGCGGAAGUGAAAGUUUAUCAGCUGGGUGUUUUUUCUGUGUUGUCAUGUUUAAAGAAAGAAAUAUUUACCGUUCCAACAGCAGGACUCUCACAAAACCUGAGCAUGGAUUCUAGGAUCUCUUUCUAUUACCCUUCAGAAACGUUCACUUCUCCAGCAACCGUGAUGUUAAAGAUUCAUCCAAUUGAGCCAUCACUAAUUUCCACACUGAAGGCAAAACAUGACAUGUACCUCUCAGUGGUAUCUACCAGUGCACUGGUUUAUGUCCACCAUCCUUCAGCCCAACCAUUUAACAACUCAGUCACCAUUACUCUACCCUGUCCUCCAAACCCAGAAAAAAAAAGGCAGGAGGAGGAGACAGAGCAAGUGAGAGCCAUUGCUGCUACAGUAAAGAGAGUUGCUGCCGCAUACCAUCCUCGGGCUAUGAGUGCUUCUUUGAGAAAGAAUGGAGAGAGUUUCAGCGACACUUUCAAAUUAUUAGGUCACAGAAACAAAGAUGAGUGGAUGGUCUUUGAUGAUAUUGUUAUCCGGAAUGCACAGAAUGGUCUUGUGUCAUUUGAUCUCAAUGAACAUUUAGAAAGCUUUGUGGUCAUUCGGCUUUCAUUCCUCUUGGAAAACACUUAUCUCCUCCUCUUUGCUCAGGCUCUGGAAGAAGCUGUUUGUAGCACAAUGUCAAAUGUGAUAAUGUAUCGGAAAAGAGAAAACCCAUAUAAAAUAAUAGUUUUACUAACUGCAUCCAAGGAAUUGACCUGGGAAAUUCAAAAUCUCCAUGAAGAAGGCUACUUUGGUCCCCCAGAACCUACACAGCAGUUUCCUUUAAGAGAAGGAGAGCAGAUUCAUUUUCAAUUUAGAGGCAAUAUAUUUGCUUCAGAAAAUGGAAAAGAUUUUGGAAAAGCCUACAGGCUGAUUUUUCAUUCACAAAGAAAGCCCAGACUAGAACUCCGUAUUAAAGAACUGGAUGAGUUUGGUAACCACAGCUCCCCUCACUACAAAGGAACAGCAGUGUUUUACAAAAUUACCAGAGGGAUGAUAACCAAGGAAUGGAAACAGCCCUUGCAACUCUGUAAUUAUCAACACCAGUCUCCACUGUGCAAAUUACCACUAACAUUACCAAAGCAUGAAAAGUUGAUCAACCGUCCACAAAGCACAAAAAGAAUUUUUUGUGAUUCAUCAGAGGCCCUUUGGGACAACUUGCUGCACUGGCUUGCGGAAGAGCUUGCAGAAGAUAAUACAUCACUGAAUGCUUUACGCUUGCCUGUUCGGCGGAGCGUGCCUCAGCUUGUUAGGCUGAAGUGCCCUGAUAAUUUAAUACACCAUAACUAUGAGCUUCUUUGCUGCUGGCAAAAGACCCUUCCAAGGUCGGCUGACAAACAGCAGCUCCUGUCUCGCUAUUUGCAGAAGAGUGGCAGAAGGGAUCUUUCAGAAGAACUUCGUUUUAAGUGGGAAAACAAAGUGUUCACUUGA